AUGGUUAUAUUUGUCUUCAUUGAUGCCCCCCCCACCCGCCUUACCCAUAGGUACCUUGGUAUCCGCAGUCGGUACCUGUCUCGCAGCACCGGCAACCUUAGCGACCUGCCCCGCACCGCUCUGCCCAGCAGGUACGGCAGCCGCCAAGGGAGGACGGAUUCAGGAGGCCUGGCGAGGACGUCGAGCGAGACGGAAGGAGGCGGGGGAGGCUACACGCACCCGAGGAGGAGAGCCAAGGACGACCUCGGCCACGACGCGCACGUGACCCUCGUCGAGCCUGAGCGGUGUCCCCACUGCGACGGCGAGCACGGGGCUGAGUCCUGCACCACCUGCCGCACCUAUCACCGCUACUUCCCCCGGCCGUCACGCCCUCGCGCCCACGCCCACGCAUACCACACCAACAACCCGCAGGCCGCCCUCAAGGUGCUGCGCCAGCCCGGCCGCCGAGACCUGCGUCCGAGGAAGCGCUACCUGGCCGAGAUCGAUGGCGCCCUGCAUGGAGAGGCCCACCGGCACCCCCGGCGAGCGCGGUCCCUGUCGCCGCAGCGCCGCCCCACGUCGGCGCCCCCGGACCGCCUCGACCUCGCCUCCAGCAGGUCGCGCAAGGACGACGACGACGACGAUCCCUCGGCGGACGAGGACGAGCACGAGUCCAGGUCGCAUUCCAGGUCGAAUUCCCGGUCGAAUUCCCGGUCGCCGUCCCCGCCCGCCAGCCACGCCUCGGCGCCGGCGACCAUGACGCGGCGGAGACAGCGCUCCCACAGACGGCCUCUCACCCCGAGCUUCCGGCGGCGCCAUGACGACUCCGAUGACGAACUCGUAUUACCGGUACUCAUACAGAUCGCCAUACAGAUGCUAUUGUUCUACAUGCGUGCGGUACAGACUCUAUCGGCCAUAUAGCUACUUGUACAAGUACCGACCUUGCCGAUUCUCAUGCUAUCCUUACCGUCCCCUCCACCACUACACGAGAACCUACCUGGAUACCUGUGACCUUCUUGACGACGACGACCUCAACCCGAGAUCCUCCUACAAACUCCCGAAGCUAAAAGUGACUUCCUCCAACCCAAAGGACGGCACGAGCGAGGACUCAGAUCUCUUGGAUGGGUCUCAGGUCGAGGAAAUACAAAGGGGGAUGAACAGAAAGAGUCAGUCGUCAAAGCAAGAAUCUUGGACGAAAAGUAAAGUGAAAAAUGGUGACGCGGACGUGGACAACGCUGGCGGUGCGAGAGAGAGGCAGCACGAAGAGGGCAAGGCAGCCAACAGGGAAAGUGGCCUGGGAAAGGAGAGCCAGUCAAGUGCAGAGUUCUUUGAUCUUGAUUAAUUUGCUAGUGAAUGUAUGGGUGUGAACUAGAAUGUUAUUUUGUCACAAAUAAUAACGAAUAACUAAUAGCUUCUUUGUGUAAUCACAAGGGCCCAUUAAGUGACCGCAUACAGGGUAAAGGAACUUCUGCAAGUUACCAGCAAUUUUCAGCCAAAAAGUAUUAAUAUCGUAGACAUUUAGUGUAAGAGUGAAUAAGUAUGACCAUAAGUACAUUCUACUUUUUGCAAAAUAAUUAGUCCAUCAUUCUUUAUAUUCUUGAAGAUUUCUUUCUAGACUUAUAUUGGGAUACAUGAAUUUUUAGUGAUAUUGAAAAUGAAUGUGCAGUAGCCCAGUAAGCUGUAGUAGAAGUUUUACCUUAUACCAAAUUAAAACAAAUAGAUCAGACUGUAAUGUAGGCAACCUAACAUAGAAUUUUACUACUGUAGUGUUUCUUAAUAGAAUCAAUGUCAAAUAAUUAUGCAGAAUGAUGCAGUUAUGAGAGUUAAUCUGCCAUGUUAAUUGUAGCAGUAGAAUAGUACUGAAUAAGAGUGGUUAGGCUUUUAUCUAAAUGUAUAGUAAAUAUCGCUGGAGUACAAUGAAACUGUCGAUGUACUUUCCUAUUUGCUUUUCUUUAUUUAAAUUUGUAUAUCCAUGAGUCCUUUUCAAGAGUCUGAUUUAUGGCGAAGAGCUGUUAUGUUAUAUUUCAGUGAAUUUAUAUAUCAAGACAGUAUGUAGAUUAGUGAAGAUGUAGCGUAGAUUAUAUGUACUAGGGUGACCUCAAGCAAUAAUAGCUCACUGCCACAUGUUUUCCAUUGGUCACUUAGACACGGAUGGUCAUUUGACUUCAGAUGGCAGACAGUAGAGUGUAAUAGCUGUUGUACAGUUUAUAUGAAUUUAUAUAGAUUUUCUUUUUUCACAGAUGGUUGAGGAAAAUUUAUUUCUAGUGUGUAGUAUCUGCUGUGAUGGCAUCAAGCUCAAAUUUGCCAGCACAAAGAGAAUGUUUCCCAUAGUUAAAUAGGACAUGAAAUCAGUGACAAAGUUUGAAAGGAAAUGUUUAGCUGCAGUUGUCUCUGUGAGGAUGAGUUCACAUCUUUUGAGCAUCAGUGCCUAGAAAUCAACUUUUAGCAUUUUCUUUAGAUGAUUUGUAAUAUAAAGGCUUUCAAGUGCACAAAUGUAGAAUCUUCAUUGGAUUUUUUUUCACCAAUACAAUAUAAAGCAUCUUUAGAAUGUUGAAAAUUUGGUACUCUGUAAGAAAAAUCAAAAUAUACUUGUUAUUGUACAGACCUUUA